CUGGCUCAUUACUCAGUUUUUGAUUUUUGUGUGGCGAUGUGGAUACUUUAUGCUUUGGUGUUGCAUAUAUUGCUACUAGGAUCUAUAUUCGUUAUAUAUUUUCGUUCACCUGUCAUUGAGGGAUUGGAACCACAGGAGAGGCUGAAAGGUCAGCCGCCUGCCGACCGUUUAGUACUAAUAGUCACCGAUGGACUGCGUGCACAAUCCUUUUUUGCAAACAAUUGUAAUCAAGUGCCACAUUUACGUGAGAUAUUCAUCAAGGAGGGAAUAGUUGGUAUUUCGCGUACUCGCGUCCCUACGGAGUCACGUCCCGGACAUAUAGCGCUUAUAGCCGGUCUAUACGAAGACCCAUCGGCAGUAACACGGGGCUGGAAGGAAAACCCCAUUGAAUUCGACACGGUGUUUAACCGAAGUGACCACACAUACGCUUGGGGUGCCCACGAUGUUCUGCAUAUAUUUGAAAAGCUUGCCGACAGCGGACGGCCAAUGCAUUUCGACGCCUACAAUCAUGAUCUAGACUUCUCAGGCCAGCAAAAGACCUACAAGCAGGACGAGUGGGUGUUUGACAGGGUUCGCUUGCUGCUAAAACGCAAGCAAGAAGAGUUAAGAGAGGCUAAGAGGGUAGUGUUUUUCUUACAUUUGCUGGGUCUAGAUACAGCCGGACAUGUACAUAAACCGGGUACGCCUCUUUUUCUCGAGAACCUUAAGUUUACAGAGCACGGAAUAUGGAAAAUUUACAAGCAAUUCGAAGAGACUUUCCCAGAUAAACGAACGGCUUAUUUGUUGACAUCAGAUCACGGCAUGACAGAUUCAGGCUCUCACGGUGCUGGGGCUCAAUAUGAAACAGAUACACCGUUCAUGCUCUGGGGAGCUGGCGUCGCUAGCAGCGUUUACGCCGGUAUCUUCUUUGAGGCGAACGAUGAGGGUCUGCAAUUGCCAAUUCGCGAACUGGAACAGGCGCAGCUAACACCAUUAAUGUCUGCCCUAAUUGGUCUACCACCACCGAUGAACAAUUUUGGUAGAUUGCCGCAGGGGUUUUUGGGCACUGAUGCUAAGUACGAAGCCAUGGCAGCUCAUACAAAUGCAUUGCAGCUUCUGGCCCAAUAUGUUCGUUUGCAAAAGCUUCACAUGCGUGGUUUGUUUGCUCCAAUUUUAAAUCGUUUCGACAAGUUGACACCGGAGCUAAUCGCUGAAUAUGUGGGCUAUAUUAAAACAUCGUUUACGCUGAGCCGAUUUCAUGAAUCGACGGCUAAUAGUGCCCUUGUAAUGCAACUGGCUCUGGAAGGCAUCGAUUAUUAUCAAGGAUAUUAUUGCAACGUUAUGUUACUAUCAACAACGGCCACAUUUUUGGGUUGGAUGUUUUAUUUAUAUCGGCUGCUCACUCAGGAUGCAGAACCGAAAAAUAUUGAUUCUGGUAUGAAUGGUCAUGCAUCCAAGAUCAUCGUUGGCCUAUGGGUCGCAGCUGUAAUGCUGCUUGGCUUCGUUGUGGUGCAACGUGUUCCGUUCGCCGUAAGUUUUUAUUUGCUGCUGCCUCUGCCCGUCUGGAUGUUAGCUUUGCGGCAAGCUCCAAACAGAAACGACGAUCUCAAUGCUCCGGCUUACACCCAACCAACAGUUGCAAAUCCGAAGCAGGUCUCCAUAGCACAGUUGCUGCUACUUAUUGGCUGCGCUGAGCUGCUCGUCUUCACCUUUUUCGACCGCCGCAUGAUUUCGCUUUGUUUUAUUGCUUUUGCUUGUUACAGCAAUUGGGAAACCUUUAAAAGGAAAAGGCGGCUCUACCUAUGGCUGAUGUUGUUAGUAGUACUGGCCUGCUUUCCGCUGGUUCCUCCGUCAGUGGGAUACCAAAAUUGUUAUUUGCUGCUGGGUGGUAUUCUACUUUUACUGAUUCGCCAGUUUUUAAGCAAAAAGCGAGAAAACAGCAAAUGGCACACUAGGUGGUGCAGUACAGUUAUUUUGAUAAAUACGGCAGUGUGCGUGAAUCUGCAUAACAAUCAGAUAGCUGUACCGUUGCCGUUGAAGAUAAUCAGUUGGCUGUAUCUCGUGUAUGCAUUCGUCUCUAUACAUCUCAACAAGGAAGCUUCUUUGGAGUUGCGAUUGGAGCACAUUUGCUACAAUCUGGGCACACUAUACACACUCAUGUGCACUUCGUAUGAAUCUUUAUUCGUACAGCUGCUGGCCAUCGAAUUGACCACGGCACUUGCAGAACAGCGUGCACAAGUCGAACCCCUGCAUCAUCAGCAAAAGAGCCUUCAGUCCUCUCUGCGUAUAGCCUUUACAAUAAUACUGUACACAUUCUUCUCGCUUUUUGGCAGCGGGAACAUUGCAUCGAUCAGUUCAUUUGAUCCCAAUAUUGCUCGAUGCUUCCUUAGCCAUUUUGCACCGUUUGUUAUUAUGUCACUGGUGCUGCUCAAACUCGUCUUACCCAUAGUAAUAAAUCUAUCUAUUGUGUACACUCACAGCGAGUAUGCGCGCCUACACGAGCGGCAAAUCUUUAUAUGUCUGCUGCUUAUCUGCGAUAUUAUGGGUUUAAAUUUUCUGUUUUUGGUGCGUAAUACCGGUUCCUGGCUGGAAAUUGGCUCUUCCAUAUCGCAUUUCGUAAUCAUGGAGGUGACCACGCUAGUUCUAAUGCUUUUGGCUUAUGUAUCCAAGCUCCUGCUUCGUCUGACGAACUGCGAUCGUGCUUUGUCCAAAUUGAAUUAAGUUCGACCCAAGGUUAUUGUCCUUAAAUUGUUGUUGACCAAAAACUUAAUGUAUAGAUCUUGAUAUUAAACUCGUAUUUUCACUAUC